ACAUGAAUCUUUAAUUGGGAUCUUUACGUCAGUACGUCAGUGCGUGAAGUCAACACAGCUAAGCUACGUGAAGUCAUAGCAACCACUGUUUAAAUGCUUUCUUUCCUAGCAACCUAGUAGGAAGAGCUCUUGAUGGAAGUAAAAGAACAAUAUCCAGUAAAUAAACCGACAGAACUUCUUCACAACCAAGUUAAAGAACUGAGGUGUUCUAAUAUAGCCCUCCUGGUAGAAAAUGACAUGUUUGAACACUUCAUUGGUCGUCUGGAUCCUCCGGAACCUUGGAGUCCAAAGCUGGGGGAGAAGGUCUGCAAUUAACACAAGGCUCCAACAUGGAUGGUAGGGGAGCUGAGACGGAGGCAGAGGCCUCAGUACAAUUUAUCAGAGCCUCUCCAGCUGCUGACCUUGGGGCAAAAACUUUAUGUGGCACAGAGAGAAGCAACUGAGACACAGGCUGAUCAGGAAAAACUUAAAGCGCACUACGAGAGAAUUCUGGACAACUACAAGUCUUUUAUAAAAGAAGCUGACUUGCGUUCAACUGAGAUCAAGAAAGCCAAAAGAGAUUUUGAACGCAGAUUCUUAAUACCUAUGAAAGGCAGUUUUCCUGGAAGUAAAGGAGCCAGAGAAGGUGCUCCAGCACAUUGAAGACAAAUCAAAGAUGCUCCUUCUAGCAAGCAAUUUCUACUACUUAUUCACAUAUUUCUGCAUUUAUAAUCUUAGCAAAAUCACGUUAUAACAGCUGGAAAAAAAGCCGUGCAAACUGACUUUUGUACUAAUUGUGCACCUUUCUCUGUAUAUGACAAAUGUCAGGAAUAUUACCAUUAAUAAUAAUACCAUACCAUUCCCUUUCAUUUAAUUUGUUUUGUUUUUUUUUAAUCCUGUGUUUAUUAUUUUCUCAAAUAUCUAUCUCUAUUUUGCUUCAUUAAUCAAGUUCUUGCAAAUACUAAAAUGAACUAUAACAGGUCACCCAGCUAGAAAAGUUUCACCAGAAGAAUCAGGCAUUGAGAGUCCAAGUGAUGAAGCUCCUGCAGCAGCUCCAACAGAAAAAAGAGAUGAGAAAAGCAGAGUUUGUGGUGGAGGAAGAAAUAUUUUUCCAGGAGUACGAUGAACCCCGAAUGGACAAAAGCCUAAAUGAACUUAAACACAACAGUUCUAAAGUUCAGCGCCUCCUUAGUUCACACAAGGAGAAGCUGCAGAGUUCAACACUGGAGUCCACAGAGCUGAGCAAUGAAAUCACUAAAAGAAAGGAACUGCUUGCAAAACUUGAGGAUCAGAUAAAACGUGCAAAGAAGAAGAGUUUAAAGGCAGAGGGGCUCAACCAAUUCCUGUACAGAGAGCUUACAGAUUAUCACGCUCCUGAUAUCACCGAGUAUUUUUUCACCAAGGAAAAACACAAGAAGCUUCUACAAAGCAUUCACCAUUGGGAGAGAAAAGUUGGGAUUGCUGAGAUGGCCUUGAAGACUCACAGUAGAGAAUGGAGAAGACAGAGAGGCACUCUCACUCCUUCAAACAGCGCUGAGGCUGGAAGUCGAAAAAGACGGGAUCUGCUGCAGGAAGUCAGAACACAUGGUAAACACCUUGGAGAAGUGGUUUGCUAUGUUUUCUCCUUCUGCAGGAGCUUGGUUGAAAACUCAUAAACGUUGUCUGUGGUUCUUUCUUUGUAUUUAGGUAAACAAAAUACCCAUCAGGGAUAGAAGAAAUUAUUCAGGCUUCUGGAAACAAUGGAGCAAGUGUCUACAGGCUGAAAUGAUGCCUACAUGUUUUGUUAAAUCUAAACAUCACAUUUAACAAAUGUUUUGUUAAAUCUGUUCAGAUAUCUUAAUUGAAUUAAAAAUAUGUGCGACAAACACGUUUUA